ACAGCACGGGCUUCACACUAUGUGCUGGUCUGAUCUGCCGGCCGAUCUGAUAUCGGCAAUCGCCGACAGGAUGACCGAGCACGCGGACCUUGCGCGCUUCCGCUCGGUGUGCCCAUCGUGGCGCUCAGCCUCGGCGGCGCACGCCGCCCGUCGCCGCGUACCGCUGCUUCUAGUGCCAAGCCAGGACUACUCCCGCGUCAAACGCCGUCUCUGGUCCCUCGCCGACGACAGCAUUACCGAGAUCCCCGUGCCCACCGCGCGCGGCCGCUCGUUCCUCUUCGCCUCGCCGCGCGGCUGGACGCUCGGCGUGGCCAACGACCUCGCGGCCACGCUGCUGCACCCCUUCACCGGCGCGUCGGAGAGCCUGCCGACCCUGCCGCCGUCGUUCCACGACGGCGACCAGAGGAUCCUCCGUGACACGGUGUGGGAUCGGUCGCCAGACGCCGUCGUGGUCUCGUCGGGAAAGGGCGCGUUCUUCUGCCGACUGCGGCCGGUGGGUGACCCCGGAUCGUGGAGCCCGGUGGCGGGAUUAUGCUCCCUGCAGGGCGCGGAUCGUGUCACCAGCAUCACCUACUGCGACGACGGCACGUUCUACCUCCUGGACAAGCGAGCGGGCAAGGUGACGGCCGUGGACAGCGCAACCUUCGGCGUGGUCGCGGCCAUCGAGCCACCGGAUCUGGCGAUGCCCAACUCCUGGCUCAUACCCGAGUCUACGCUCAUUGCGUCGUCCGCGGAGCUACUUCUGAUCGUCAGGACGCAGCUCGUGUACCAAGGACAUUCUGGUUCUGAGGGCCUCUUCAAGGUCUUCCGCGCGGAGAGCCGGAGCCUGGAGGCCGGGUGGUCGGAGGUCGCCGGCGACAUUGGCGACCGCGCCGUGUUCGUGGACCACCUCCGGGGGUUCUGCGUCGAGGCCAACGGGGUGAACGGGGUGCGGAGGAACUGCGUGUACGUGGCGAGCUCGUACGAGGAGGUGGACGACGGCUACCUUUUUGGGUGGGUCGUCUUUGGGAGGUACACCGUCUCCGUGCUCGACCUCGCCAACCUUACCACCCAGAAUCUAUCGCGCGGGAGCCUGCUCAAAUGCAGGUGCGGUAGAUUCUGGCAGUGGCCUUCCUGGUGCAUGCCGAAUCUGCACUGAGCCGGGCCUUUUUUUUUUUUUUUUACUUUUUAGCUUUGGCUGAUAAGCCAAAACAAUACCUAAGUAGGUGUUUUUUUGGCUUUGGCUUCCAAAAUCCAAAAGCUAAAGCCAAAAAGCCAAAAAAAAGUCCAAACGAAAAGACCCAUGGAUCUACAUUUCGGUUGUAGUUGUUGCAACCCAAUUUUAUAAGUCACAAUUUCAAGUUUCCAAAAAAUGUAAAACAAAUAAUGGAUCUAUAUUGUGUUAUAUCUUGUGCAUACAUAAAGUUUCAUCCAAAAAUACGACAAUAUGUGACCUACGCAAAAAAAGAACAUAUGGUCAUACUUUAACACAAAAUUUUGCAGGUUCAAAAUAUAUAGCAUAACCAAAGUCCAUGAUUUAUUUCACAAUUUUUCA